GAGAUGAAGGUCAAUAAGUAAACAUGGCGGCCGGGUGUGUGUUGAGGUCUGUGUUGACCUCAUGUUCGGGCUUAAAAUGUGCAUUUAGUGGUACAAACAGUAGUUUUUUGCAACGGAUGUGUCUGCCUUCACUAACAGCCUUCGUCCCUCAGAGCCGUGGGAUACGACAAGUUGUGGAAAAACAAGAUGGCAAAACAGUAACCAUUGAGGGGAUCGUUUUGGAUACUCCACCAGGACUACAGCCUCCAAACCCAGCUGCCAAGUGCCCAAUCUACAGGUGGAACCUUCAGCACAAAUACAACUAUACGGACGUCCUGCUGCUCAGCCAGUUCAUCAGAAGCGAUGGAGGGAUGCUGCCAAGAAGGAUCACUGGCUUGUGUCUGGAGGAACAUCGAAAAAUUGCAGUCUGUGUGCAGAUGGCUCACAGAGCAGGCCUACUUCCUGACCACAAGCCCAAACUUCCAGAGGGCCAUGUGCCAAAGAAACCCAAGCAACAACUCAACAGAUACCUGACGCGCUGGUCCAUCGACUCAGUCAAGCCCAUCUACAAAAAGGGUCUGAAGUGGUGUAAGAAGCGCAUGGAUGUUGGUCACCCAGCGCUGAAGAACAACAUCCGUUACGGUUUGAAGCCCCUCUACAUGAAGCACUGAGCCACACAUGAGGAGCAAAUGUAAAAAAAAAGGAAACAACUGUAACAUUUGUGUCAACUUGUUUAUUAAAUCUCAACAUGUAUGUAUGUAUGUUAACUUUUGUCCUAUGUUUGUCUAAGUAUAAAAUGUGUAAUGUU